AAUAGUUAUAUACGAGGUCAUUAUUUUUCUUUUUUUUUCAUAUACAUCCCAAUAUUCUAGACUUGUUUCCAAUUGAAACAUAAUUUCCAAACUCAGUAUUCAAUGCAUUGAAAGAAAGUUUUGCAAAGAAUCAACGGGCACUAGGGAGUAAUGCUAUAAAGAAGUGGCUGUCCAUUUUGCUAAUAGACAUGGCAGUACACGAAAUAUCAUGCAUGCUGUCAUCUGCUCUGGCAAAUCCCAAACUGAAAAUGAAGUAAUACUACACGUGUGGAAAAUGCAAUGAUACAUGCUCCACGUAGUUGAUGACCAGAAGAUUUCUAUGUAACGGACAGAUUAGCAUUCUUUUCCUCAUGGCAUUAUGCACAUAUUCUUAUAUCUUAAGUUUUCUCUCUUCGUUGUAACGAGUGCUACGGUAGACCUCAAUUUCACCAUCCAAUCUAUUAAGAGUCUCUCUUUUCCUCUUCACUUAAUUCCUCCCAUUCUAAAUAUGAGAAUUCGAAAUAGCCGGCCUUCUUUUCCUAUUCCACAGGCACCGCAAGCUGUUUUAAGGUCUAACCAUCUUCGUCCACAGUUUCGGCACUUUGAUGAGCGAUUCUUGGUUGAAGAAGAGAACCGGCGCAUUGGAUGGCCGUAUUAUCCUUUAAGAAAACAUUCAAGUCCGGAUGUACAAAAGGUGCAGCCACAUGAUGGGCUCCAAUCAGCAAUUGCUAGCGAAAUCAAAUCUUCAGAUUUUGUAGAAAAGAAAACUGGAAAAGAGAAUUGCAUGCCUGCGAUGCAAAGCCAUGUGUCACAAAAACUUGAAGAACCUGACAAGGAAGGAAGAACAUCAAAUUCUUCUGCAUCUUCUAAAAGGAAUGUAAAAGGUCCCAGGUUUUCAGCCAGUGUUGUCCUUGCCCUUCCAGCACCCUGCACUCAACCAGCUCGUGGCAAAAAAGUUUAUCGUACACAAAAGGAACUUCCCUUGAAGAAAAGGAAGAAGUCCCGGAAAUUGGAAAUUGAAAGAACGCAGGCAGAAAAGGAAGAAGCUGCUACUGUAAAGCCGGCCAGAACAAAAGAAGCUUUCAACAAGCAUGACACCAGUCAGGUGAGGACCUGCAUCAAUUGUUUGUUGAAUUGUGAAUCAUCGCCCCCUCAUUCAAGCACUUAUGAUUCACAUGGGCUUCAAAAUGAAGAAGAUAAGUUGGUGGAAACAGCUACUCUGCAUGGCGAAAAGCCAAACAGAAAGAGGGGAAGGCCAAGGAAGGAUUCAGUGCAUCAGUCAAUGGCAACUUUAGGUACUUCUCCCUUUUAGGCAUGGAUCAAAGCUAAUGCAGAGGAGUGCAAGGCCACACAUGAAAUAAUUACUCAUUAAUUAAGACAUCACCAUUAUUUUUUUCCCCUCUCUUUGCAGUAUAAUUCCUGUUAUGUAUUGCUGGAAACUGAACCUAAAACUUUGUAGUUAGAAUGCUUAGUUCAAAACUACGGGGUAUUUAGUCCCUUGGAGAAUUGUUACUGUAUGUGUUGUUGUGGUAUGAAGUUACAGUUACUAGUUA